AUAAAUAGUUCCAUCUCUUCUGCUUUCAGAGAGCAGGCAGAAAGCAUCAAAGCUUCUUGUUCUGAGCCUUUUGGCAGUUUGACCUACGAAACAACGAUGUGGAAGGUUAUUGUUCCUUUUUUUGCUGCUCUUUUAGCCUUUGGCUUUUGUCAGAUGAUGGCUGGAGGCUUACACAAGAUAGAAGAUGCAGAUAACGAUGAGGGCUUCCAGAGAGCUCUGCAGUUUGCUGUUGUCCAACACAACAACGGGACCAAUGACACGGUCCUCUACCAGGUCCUCAAGGUGGUCUCGGCUGAGCGUCAGGUGGUAGCUGGGACCAAUUAUGUAAUCACUGUGAUUUUGGGAAGAACCAACUGUGAGAAGGAGGCACCAGUAGAUGGCUGUGCUAUCCACAAGCAGCCAGGAUUCGCUCGGCCUUACCAGUGCAAAUUCAAUGUGUGGAGUCGCCCAUGGCUCAAUGAUACCCGGCUGACCAAAGAGGAAUGUGGCAAUAUUGAACCUGAGUCACAAUGAAAAACAUUUUUCUUUUGAAGCUCUACAAAGUGAUACUAUCUUGACACCCUC